AUGGCUCUGAAUAUACCUGGCUUGGUAGCUUUGAUUGUGUUUUAUGCAAUAACUUUAGCCAUUGGAAUUUGGGCUUCUUGGAAAAGCAAAAAGUACCAGAAGAAAGGGAAACCAAGUGAGAUGAUCAUAGUGGGGGGCAGGAACAUGAAUUUUUUCAUUGGAUUAUUCACUGCAACUGCAACGUGGGUCGGAGGAGCAUAUAUCAAUGGUACAGCUGAAACUGUCUAUCUUCCCACAAGAGGACUAGUGUGGGUCCAGGCACCAAUAGGAUUUGCUUUGUCCCUUGUUAUUGGUGGCCUCUUCUUUGUAAAUCCAAUGAGAUCCAAAAAUUAUGUGACAAUGAUGGAUCCUCUCCAAGAAACAUAUGGGAACAUGAUUGGAAGCCUUCUCUUUAUUCCACCAUUAAUAGGAGAUAUAUUCUGGUUUGCAGCUAUUCUUGCUUCAUUAGGGGCAACAAUGAGGGUCAUUUUGGAUAUCAGAGGCUAUUUGGCCAUCAUCAUAUCGGCAUGCACUGUUAUACUCUACACUUUACUGGGAGGGCUGUACUCAGUUGCAUACACAGAUGUGAUACAGCUGAUUUUUAUUAUGCUCAGCCUGUGGAUCUGUGUCCCAUUUGCCCUGCUCAACUCUGCAACAGAAAGCAUUUAUUACACUGCUGCUCAGGAAUCCUACCAAGCCCCUUGGAUUGGGCAAGUACAAACAGAAUAUCUUGGACGGUGGCUGGAUGACUUCUUAUAUCUGGUUCUUGGUAGUAUCCCGUGGCAAACUUAUUUCCAACGAGUUCUCUCAGCGUCCUCACCAAGACAAGCAAGGCUCAUUUCCUAUCUCUCUGGACUGGGGAGCUUUUUAAUGGCCAUCCCCUCUGUGCUCAUAGGGGCCGUAGCAGCAUCCACAGACUGGAACCAGACGAGCUAUGGUCUUCCAACACCAGUGGAGAGAGGAGAGUCAGCUAUGAUACUGCCAUUAGUGCUGCAUUAUCUCUGCCCGGCCUACAUUUCCAUUGGCGGCUUGGGAGCUAUCGCUGCUGCCGUCAUGUCUUCUGCAGAUUCAGCCCUUCUCUCUGCCAGCUCUAUGUUUGCACACAACAUCUACAGAAAAAUUCUUAGGAAACAGGCUACGGAGAAAGAAGUUGUCUGUAUAAUGAGGGUCUCCAUGGUGGUUUUGGGGACAGCAGCUGCAGGCCUUGCUUUUUAUUCCCAUUCUAUUUAUGAUCUGUGGUUCCUGAGUGGCGAGCUGGUGUACGCCCUUCUCUUUCCCCAGCUCUGCUGCGUCCUCUUCAUUCCCAACACCAACACAUAUGGGUCAGCUGCUGGAUUCCUCUUCGGGUUCCUGUUAAGGCUGUUGGCAGGGGAGCCUUCCCUGAAAAUCCCCCCUGUAAUCCACUACCCAGGCUGCUCCCUUGUGGACGGGGUCUACGUUCAGCUGUUCCCUUUUAAAACCUUCACCAUGCUUCUCACUUUGGGGACUAUCGUCGCUGUUUCAUACCUGGUGGCGUUUUUGUUUAAGAGAAACAUCCUCCCUCGCAGAUGGGAUGUUUGCAGUGUAAUAGAAGAAAAUAGUGCAUUCACCCACCCGCCCUGCGCCAGAUAG